AUGAAGAAAGUUAGACAAAUGAAGUUUGAUGCAUACGUUAGUUUCAAAACACCUGAAGACGCACAACUUGCGAUCUCGAAGCUGAACGGUUUGGAAGUGAAGAAGACUGUCUUAAAAGUGCAAUUAGCUCAAACUGAAAAGAAGGCUUUCGAUCCAAGUACUCAGCAGAUAAAACCCAAAACUGCCAGAGAGAGCGUAACAAAGCUGGCCGACGUUCCUUAUCCUGAGCAGUUACAACAGAAGGCAAAGGAGUCGUUCAAAGUAUGUGAAAGACUUCUCAUAGAGAUGAAAAAGGCUAAUGUGGAAGGCACAGAUAAACUGAAGUCUUCUGAGCUUGUAAAGGAGGUUAGUACGAUGUUUUAUAAUCCAGCUCAUUAG